CAAUCAGUUCCCACACGCAGUAGAUAAUAAAUAGAAAAACGAAAUGUAACAUCCGACAACCCCUUCCCUCCCUCUUCCCGUCUCAUUCGCGUCCGAGACCUCGUCAAGGAAAACUCGGUGUAAGCAAAGACACUGAAAAAGAACUCAAAGGAAGACUUAUAUAAAGAAGGAGACAGUAAUUUGAUGAAGAGCCCUUUAUUCACACCAGAGAUGGAAAAGUUCCUGAAGAUUGGUGUUUAUACGACUGUCGGUGUAGUUGGAGGUGUUGCUCUCGCACCUGUUGCAUUGGCUGGUGUAGGCUUUACUUCCGCAGGAAUUACUGCUGGGUCUUGGGCUGCUUCCAUGAUGUCAGCUUCUGCCAUUGCCAAUGGUGGGGGUGUUGUAGCUGGUGGAUUGGUGGCAGCCCUACAGUCUGUGGGUGCUGCAGGCAUUGGUGCUGUGGGCUCAGCUGUUGUGGGGUCAGUUGGUGGCGCAGUUGGGGCUGCUGUGGGAUCAUUCAUCAGGAAGUAAUUGUGAUCUAAAAUCAGACACCAAAUGUUAGAAGAUAAAAUGAUGAGGAUUUGUGAUUCCAAUAAAAUGAUUGACAGUUGAUAAGAAAGUACACAACAUGAAUAUAUUAGAUAAAUGAAAAUCAAUCCUUUUUGUACUAAAGAAUUCGGGAAACAAACAAAAACAACAUCAACAAAAAAACGGUAUUGUGCUUUCCUCUAUAAUUUCAGCCUUGCCUCAUUUAGUCAUGUUCCAUGAUUAAAGCAUUUUGUAUUUUAAAAUUGGCCCUCCCAUUCAGUUCAGAGCAAAAUACAUUGUCCAAUGGUUGCUUGACAGAUUCAAAUAUAUCAUUUUAUCUCAAACAAGUGUAAAGAUUAUAUAAAGAUUAAUAUUCAAUUAUUUACAUUAAUUGGUUUAAAGAUUGAUUUUGGUGAUAUUUCUGUUAAAAAAAUAACUGAUGGAUCAAACAUAAUAAAAAAUGUGAAAAUCAAA